CCCUUUUUAAAAGGAUUUUAUAUUCCGUCCGAAGGGAGUGUUACUGUGUGAGCAAAGUUGCUUCCUCUAUCGUGUUCUUUGCGUUAGGGUUUGCAGAUCGAAAAAUACUGACAGCAUUGUGUUGUGCGGUUACAGAAGAUGAGUGAAGACGAGGAGAUGAAAGAUCAGGCAACGCCUUCACACUUGCUUUCUUCAGUUCCUCCAUCUACAUUGCACCAUUUGAAGGGAAUAGCAUCAAUUAUUGAAACCGGUUCGUACUCAAAGGAAGUUCGUCGAAUUGCUCGUGCCCUGCGCCUUACAUUUGCAUUUAGGCGUAAAUUGACAACACCAGUUCUCUCAUCUUUUCUUGAUUAUGUUCUUACUCCCGCUUCUGAACCUCACACUAGGUUAUCCUCUUAUCUCCCUAAUCCUAAGGAGGGUGAUCGAGAGAUGGAAGUGGACAGUGCAACAUCUACUAUUCAAACCCUGGCGGCGAAGCACUUGUUGCCUGAGCUAGAAAUCUACUGUUACCUCCUUGUCCUUCUUUUUCUGAUUGACCAGAAAAGAUACGAUGCGGCCAAAGCUUGUUCCUCAGCAAGCAUUGUUCGGCUGAAGAGCCUGAAUAGAAGAACUGUCGAUGUUAUUGCAUCUAGACUGUACUUUUAUUACUCAUAUAGCUAUGAGCUUACAGGAAAUCUUGCUGAAAUUCGAGGCAACCUCCUUGCAUUGCACCGGAUUGCUACCCUGCGUCAUGAUGAGCUGGGUCAGGAAACCCUUCUGAAUCUGUUACUUCGUAACUAUCUACAUUACAACCUAUAUGAUCAGGCAGAGAAGUUGAGGUCCAAGGCUCCACGUUUUGAGGCACAUUCAAACCAGCAGUUCUGUCGUUAUCUCUUCUACCUUGGGAAAAUUCGGACAAUUCAGUUGGAGUACACAGAUGCAAAAGAGUCACUCUUGCAGGCUGCUCGUAAAGCUCCCAGUGCAGCACAGGGUUUUCGGAUUCAAUGUAACAAGUGGGCUGUGAUAGUGCGUUUAUUAUUGGGAGAAAUACCUGAGAGGACCGUCUUUAUGCAGAGAGGAAUGGAGAAAGCUUUGAGGCCUUACUUUGAGCUUACUAAUGCUGUCCGGAUUGGUGACUUGGAGCUAUUUAGGAAUGUUGCAGAGAAGUUUGGUACUACUUUCAAUAGAGACCGAACUCAUAAUUUGAUUGUUCGGCUCCGUCAUAAUGUCAUCCGGACUGGUUUACGCAACAUCAGCAUAUCAUAUUCACGCAUCUCGCUAGUUGAUGUAGCUAAAAAGUUGAGGUUGAACUCUGCAAGUCCUGUUGCUGACGCUGAGAGCAUUGUAGCAAAGGCUAUCCGUGAUGGGGCUAUUGAUGCUUCAUUGGAUCAUGCCAAUGGGUGGAUGGUAUCCAAGGAAACUGGAGAUAUCUACUCUACAAAUGAGCCUCAGUUGGCAUUUAAUUCUCGGAUUGCCUUUUGUCUUAACAUGCACAAUGAGGCAGUUCGAGCACUGCGUUUUCCACCAAACACACAGAAGGAAAAGGAAAGUGCUGAGAAGAGGAGAGAGAGGCAUCAACAAGAGCAAGAAUUGGCUAAACAUAUCGCAGAGGAAGAUGAUGAUGACUUUUGAUAAUGAUUUGCUCUUUUUAUCUUACCAGUUUGUUGUCAGGAUGUAUUUAUUUCCUAUAUUUGCUCAUAUUUCUCCAUUGGAGAAACUUCCAUUACCAUUUCCUUUUUGGAGCCCGAAGUUUUAUUUUCUAAACCAAAAUCAUCUUUAAAUCCUUUGCCAUAUCGAGAUAUUUGCUGUUAAUUACAGAUCAUGGGAACACAUUAUUUGUUUCCUGUUAGGUGAACUAUGUUUUGGGAUUUGAGUGAAAUCAAUUAUAUAGGACCAUGUUAGUGAUUCAGUUCUAAAGUUUGAAUAUUGUAAAAUAUUUGCUCAUUGACCCAAAAAAAAGAGGUAUUAUACCACUGAGUCUGAGCCAUUGCAA